AUGGACAGGGAUGCACCUCCACCUCCACGACGACCCAAGCACCCGCAGAUGCUCCUCCGCCUGCCACACCGCAUGUCGCGGUGGGCACCGAUGUCCCCCUUCAGCCGCGCCGUUGAUGAUGACAUGGGGGACAUCGACGAUGGCGAGGUGUUGGACGAGGACGAGCAAGAGGCUGCGCUCCGGUUGGUGGAGCGACUGGCUGCGAAGCUAGCUGCCAAUAUCACGGACGCUGCUGAAUGGGAGGAGAAGGAGGGCUAG